AUGCCACACCUCCGGCGCCAACCUAACCCACAUGAUCUCCAGGCGCAAGGGCCUAAUGCCCCCGGGAGUCUCCGCGCGCAAUUCCAAACCCCGCCAACUCGACACACCCCUUCCAACCCAACUCAUCGACACAUACCCUCUUCCGAAUCCCAUGAGAUAACUCCAGAACAAUUGCCUCCAAUGGCGCCUCCCUCGGGAAUCCCCAAUCCUUUCUCCAUUUUUGGACGUGGAAGACUAGCGCAGCCUCCACCACCUCCUGCUGAAUUGGUGGAUGAUAUGGAAGAGGAUGAGGUGUUUGGUGACGCUGAUGACGACUAUGAUCCUAAUGCGCGAGGCAUAGCACAAAGUGAAUAUGAUGUUGGCAUGAUGCCAGAAGAUGACAUAGACCCGGACGAUGAGAUCGAGGAUACUGGUGAUCUAGAGAUCGAGGAACUCGACGCAGAGCUAAAUAGGCAAUUUGAAGCCGACGAGGAGAUGCAUGAUCGAGAAAAAUCACCUUCUCCUCUCCCACCUAAUGUCCGUGAGAUCUCAUCCCUCGCUUCCUGGACCGUUUCUACCUCCAAACCUGGCUGCGGUGUCGCGGCUCUUCGACACCCUUCCCCUCAACAAUACUGGCAGUCUGAUGGCCCACAACCACACUAUCUGACCUUGCACUUCUUCAAACUUGUCGCUAUUGUACGCAUUCGUGUGUACCUCGACUUUGAGCUAGAUGAAAGCUACACACCUACAAAGAUGAUCUUUCUAGCUGGUAUGGGCGGGAAUGACCUUGUUGAAUUCGCGACCUGGGAGGGAGAUGGCCCAUGUGGCUGGGUUGAUGUACCCCUAGAGGGUGUUGGAGGCCGGAAUGGUGGCUGGGUCCAGGAAAAUACCCAUUUGCGCGACCGCAACGCUAAGAAUAAUCGGCACAAGUCGCAAGCGCAUGGCUAUGAUCAUAUCCAGCAAGGUGAAGGUUCUGAUGCAGAGUCGUUUGAUGGUGUUGAUCCGAUUAGUGACGAGCUGGAUCCAUACUGUGGCAAUGUACUCAAGGCGAUGGUUGUCCAGAUGCGCAUCGUGGAGAAUCAUCAAAAUGGAAAGGACACCCAUGUGCGUGGUUUCCAGGUGUUCUCUUGUGAUGAUAACCGCGCCAAGAAUGCUGCUGCUCCAUCGGCAUCUGCAGAUGCUCGCGAUCGUCAUCGUCGACACAGUGCACGCCAAUCUCUUCGUUCAAGUAUCCAUGAUCCUGGUCAACAUGCCCGGUUGGCAAGUGAAGAUCUUGAUACUAGCAGACUAGGCGCAGCAUCUGGUCUUGAUGAGCCUGAUUGGAUGGGUGAACCUGUGAUUCGUUAA